AUCGUUAUAAGUUGUUUGUAGUCGGACUAGAGCGAGACGAAAGGAUUCAUAGCCUACAUACAUUAAUACGGUAACAUUACUUCUGUCCAGGACCGAAAAGACAGAGAGAGAGCUGAUCUGAUCUGUUGUAUCAGACCCAAACUCUUUAUCUGGACUACAUUUCCUGAGAGGAAUUUAACCCGACAUGGUGACAAUAAGACUACCAGAAGCUCUAUGUAUUAUCUUCUUUCUCUCCACACACUCUGCCUCAGGCUCCUAUCCCCGAGCACAGAAUGUCACUUGGAAAUCGACCAACUUUAAAACUAUUUUGACCUGGGAGCCCAAAACAUUAGCUGAUUACUCCUAUACAGUGGAGUUCUCUGCGGUUGGUGGGGACAAACAGAGGAACCCUCACUGUAUCCGGUCCCUAGUGACAGUGUGUGAUCUGUCCAGCUCUCUGACUGACCUGAAUGCUUACUACAUAGCUGACGUCCUGUCUGAACCCCCGCUGGGGGCCACCUCUGACCUCAUCGAGUUCCCCUACACCAGCUCACCACGAUUCUGCCCCUACAAAGACACUGAUAUAGGCAGACCCGACUUCAAACUGGAGGUAAGUGAAGACAAAAAGAAGACCACCUUGUAUGUGACUGACCCACUCACCGCCCUGUUUAAAGAUGGCCUCCAGCUGAACAUCAGGGAUAUCUUCUCUGACCAGCUGCAGUAUAGAGUCACCUAUCGUAAAAAUAAGAGCACCGGCAAGAAAGUGUACAACUCUAAGACCAAUGUGAUAGAGCUGACAGAUCUGGACAGAGGGGAGAGCUACUGCUUUAACGUCCAGGCCUACAUCCCCAGCCGCAGGAUCGAUAAGCAACUGGGAGAGCUGAGCCAGACCCAGUGCUCCAACAACGACUACCAGUCCGUCUUUGAAGUGUAUUCAGUGGGUGUGAUCACUGCUGCCAUCUUCCUCAUCCUGCUGCUGAUCGGCCUCAUCAUAGCUGUCACAGUGGUCUGCUGCAAGCGCAGGAAGAAAGCUCUGAAAUGUGGAAAAGAAGUAUUGCCACUCACAGAUGUAUAGAGUGUGUGUUCCAUCUCACACACAUACACACAUCACUAUGGGAACGUGUGGUACAGCUGAACUGGAUUGUGGCCUAUAAGGAGACCAGGAGUGUUCUAGUCCAACAUUCCACUGUCAAACACUGUCACAAUCCUUCUUUAGUUUCUGUGAAACUGCCUCUGAAUAUGUUAGACACAUUUGAUUCUUUCUUUAUAAUUUCAUGCUGCAGAAAAAUAGACUUUAGGAAAACACUGUUUGAACAUUCCUGCUAAGGGGCUGCUGUGGCUCAGAGGUAGAGCAGGUUGCCCACUAAUCUGAAGAUUGUCAGUUUGAUUACUUUGCUGUGUGUGUCUGUGUGUAGUACCAUUACAGUGCACACUAGUCAUAUUGCUGAAGCUGUAAUAUUCCAUUCCUUGUCUUUUAUAUUUGGUGAGUGGUACCUCUGAUGACUAAACACUAAACACACAUAAACACUACCAACAGAUUUUAUUUAUUUCAUUUUAUAGUGUACUUUCUAACUUGAAAUAAUUGUCAUGAUGACGAUUUUUGGGAGACUGGUGAAAGCAAUACCUUAUGGGAAAUCAAGACCUAGUAUAUUAUUUUUGUAUCUGAUAAUUUAUUGUUUAAAUGAAAUUAACAUAUUUGUAUAUUAUGCUGUUUUUAGCUCUUUUAUACUUCAGAUUGUUGAUCAUUUUAUUAUGUGGUGAAAUGUUGAAGUAAUAAAUUUACAGAGCACCACCAAUUUGCACAUUUACGUUUCCAUUUCCCUGUCAAUACUGUUAAAUUAUGAAGUUCAAGUCAAAGGAUGUUAAGAAAUCAUUAAUUAGUUAACUACUUUUUUGUUUAGAAUUUUGGUAACCAGCAUUAGAGCUGGGAUGACAAAAUUAUUUACAAAUCAAUAUAUUGCUAAAUAUCUGUACUUUAUUAUUGCUUGAAUUGAAAAUACAUGUUGUAGUUUUCAUUUGUGUCAGGGGGAAGCAGAGAGUCAUCACAACAACUAAGUUCUGGUGAACAACUUGGAUACAUCCAUCAUACAUACGCAGGACUGCUCUUGCCUUCACCCUGUAAACAACAUAAUUUAUUGCUACACUUAACUGCUUAGCUGUUUCAACAGUAGAAUAUUUCAACAGUAGAGUAUUUUCCUUCCACAGUCCCCCCUGUGAGACUGAAGAAGUCCCAUCCUCCAAAAUAAAGGUUAAUAUACAUAUAUCAUGUGUCUGUGAUUCAGAAUACAUUGUAUUUAAAAGAAUCAAAAACACAAUAAAUGUCACAACCAAUAAAUGCCUUAAUGAUUAAACAUCUCCUUCUUUA